AUGGACGUAAGUGUCAGUUUCCGUUGUGAUUGGGCGGGGACCGGACUUAAACGGUUUAUUGACCCCGGGUUGGUUCGGGAAACUACGGACAUGAUCGUUCAGAUACGUGAUCGUAUCGAGUCAGCACGUGAUAGACAGAAAAGCUACGCUGACAAGCGGCAGAAACCGUUGGAAUUUGAGGUUGAUAAUAUGGUUUUACUGAAAGUCUCGCCUUGGAAAGGCGUGGUACGAAUUGGUAAAUGUGGAAAGUUGGACCCACGGUACAUAGGACCCUUCGAGAUCCUGGAAAGGAUCGAAACCGUUGCUCAUAAACUAAAGUUGUCAGAAGAACUCAGUAGUGUUCAUGACACGUUUCACGUGUCAAAUCUCAAGAAACUCCAAGAGACAGUAGUUAUUCCCGCAGGCAAAAUUCAUGUCAACGGCAAGCCCCAAUUUACUGAAAAACCUGUAGAGGUCACAGACUGGAAAGUCCACAAGAACCGGAAAAGUCAUACUUAA